UUGAGGCCAGGAGAACAUAUUACAUCAAAGUGCCAUCAGUUAUCUCCUUCAUGCUUAGUGUAGUCAUGCGGCACCAACGGUACAUCAAUGUUAUGGCAGUAAUCGUGCUUUUUUCACACUCUGUACGGCCACAAGCCAGCGCAGAUGAUGGACCAGUGGUCAAAAUAAGCUCACUGUCAGGAAGAUCAGCUCAAGAAUCCAAUGAUAGUCCUGAUUCACAAAAUGAAGCAAACACAGUUUUCAACAUGACCAUCCUGCACACGAACGACAUUCAUUCUCGGAUCCUCGAAAGCACUAAGCGUGGUGUGCAGUGCAACGAUGAGGAUCGCAACAAAAGCAAAUGUUUUGGUGGUGUUCCGAGAAUUGUAAACUUGGUCAGAACCCUCAAGAACAAUACACAGAACCCUUUAUUUCUCAACGCUGGAGACUUCUUUCAAGGAACACUAUGGUAUUCGAUACUAAAGUACAACAUUGUUUCAGCCGUAAUGGCAAAUAUGUCUUAUGACACUGUGUGUCUUGGAAACCAUGAAUUCGAUGAUGGGCCGGCAGGACUAGUGCCUUUUCUUCAAAAAAUGACGGAGGCGAAUGUAACUGUGCUUGGAACUAAUUUGGAUACGUCGAACGAGCCCCUCUUCACGCAGAACAACAUCACACUACCAAAGAGUAUCGUGUACAACAUUUCCGGGACGAAAGUAGCACUCCUCGGUGUUGUAACUACGGAGACACUGACUAUUGCUAAACCAGGAGGCGUCCGAAUACUCUCAGAAGUUGACAGCAUUAAUGCGGAGACGCAACGGCUGAAAAACGAAAGUGGUGUUCAGAUAUUUUUUCUAAUUAGUCAUGUCGGUUUUGACGUUGACCAUAUCAUUGCAGAGCGUUGUCCCGAUCUCGACCUCAUUGUUGGAGGCCACACGAACACCUUUCUUUACACAGGGGAGUCUCCUGUGGGCGACAAACCAGAAGGACCGUACCCCUAUAUAUACAACCGCACUGGUCAUGGGCCCUGCCUAAUUGUACAAGAUUAUCGCUUCGGAAAAUACCUGGGCUUUCUCGAGCUGCAGAUCAACAAGUCUUCUGGAAACGUUACGGGGUGGUCUGGAAAUCCGAUUUUGCUUAACCAGAGUUAUGCAGAAGAUAAUGACACGCUGGAGAGCCUCAAGCCAUACAAAGAAAUUGUAGACAACGCUGUGGAAGAAGUUGUCGGCUCAACGAAAGUUCUUCUAGAAGCCAACGACAAGCAGUGUCGCUACAAGGAAUGCAAUGCAGUCAACCUAAUGGCAGAUGCAUUCUUCAAUUAUUACACCGACAGAAAUAGCGUCGUCCCGAAAGCUUGGUCUGUUGUUAACGCCGCAGUUCUGAAUGGGGGCAUUGCAAGAGACUCUAUUGAACAAAAAUCCAACGUAACACUUGGUGAUGUACUUGGUGCGAUGCCUUAUGACAGUGACCUGGUUCUCAUGAAUAUGACCGGUCGAGACUUGCUGAAUAUGUUUGAGUUUGGAGUCACGAACUUCACCUGGCUGCCGGACCUGAAUGGAAGGUUUUUACAAGGAUCAGGUGUUCGGGUGGUUUACAACUUCAGUAUGCCAAAUGGAUGUCGCAUUAUUUCGUUGCAAGUCCUUUGUGCAAACUGCAGUGUACCCAGAUAUAGCGAGGUUAUGGAGAAUGAAACCUACAUCAUUGUAACCACUACAUUCAUUGCCAGUGGAGGCGACGGUUUCAAAUUUGGAAGCUCUGUUAAAUGGAGGACUGAAGGGGUGAGCGCGAUGGAUGCAUUGUUGGCAUAUAUAAAAAAAAUAUCGCCAAUAAAAACACCAGAAGAAGGCCGCGUCAUUACACUGGACCUACCACCAAAGCCUCAUAAUACAACCGUGUCACCCAUUACAGAGCCGGCCUCGACUGCGGAGAGAAACACCGUGGGCUCAGUGAUGUCACGAAGUGAGUGGAGGUCGAUGAGAAGAAAUUACAUUUGGUAAUUGAAAGAAAAGUUUUGGAACGUGUUGCAGAAAAUAAAAAAAUAAUUCAAGCAGAUCAUGA